AUGAUGUUUACGGAUGGAUUGAAAAUCAUAAUGGCUAUUCUUCUUUAUACUACGUACUGCUAUUAUAUUACGGUUGUAACCAUCGAUCUGUAUACUCUUUCAUCCGGAAAAUCAAUCAGUUGUAUCACAAGUGAACAUUUCUCGGCCGAUGUACUCUACAACUGUAAAUGGAGCGAUGCUUUCAUCCUUAUUCAAGACGUACUCACGCUUAUCUCACUCAUUCUAAUGUCUGUUGUUGUCUUCCUUCGAUUGUUUUGUUUCAUACCUGAACGAAACGAUAUUGGAAAUGAUCCGAUUGAUGAGAAUUAUAUUGAACAGAAUGAAAAGAUCAAAUUACCAUUCUUUAUUAGCUAUAAGAAUCAAAUGGAAAAUAAUGAACAGAAUUAUAAAUAUAAUAUUAAUUACAAUGAUAAUCCAUAUAAAACAUCUGUAAUUUAA